UGCCCAACCGCACAAUGGGCCAUGGAGUUCCCGUUCGAUGUGGACACCUUGUUCCCGGAGCCGAUUACCGUACUGGACCAACACCUGCGUACUCCGGCCCGUCGAACCGGAACCACAACCUCGGCUCGUGUUAAUCUCCAGCAGCAAAUCAUGACUAUUGUGGAUGAACUGGGAAAGGCAUCAGCCAAGGCGCAGCAUCUUACUGGUCCCAUCACCAGUGCUUCCAGAAUGCAGAGUAACCGACAUGUUAUGUAUGUGCUCAAGGACACCUCAGCCCGCCCGGCUGGAAAAGGAGCUAUUAUUGGCUUUCUCAAAGUUGGAUAUAAGAAACUAUUUGUACUGGAUGAUCGUGGGGCUCAUAAUGAGGUAGAGCCACUUUGCAUACUGGAUUUUUAUAUCCACGAAUCACUGCAACGCCAUGGCCACGGGCUGAAACUUUUUCAGUAUAUGUUAGAGAAGGAAAGGGUUGAACCACAUCAACUAGCUAUUGAUCGGCCCUCAGAGAAGCUGUUGCGAUUCUUAAAUAAACACUACAACCUGGAGACCACAGUACCACAGGUGAACAACUUUGUGAUCUUUGAAGGCUUUUUCGCCCACCAGCACCCUCCAGCCAGAAAACUGCUCCCUAAAAAAGCAGAAGGAGAGAUCAAACCGUAUUCUUCUAGUGAUCGAGAAUUUCUAAAGGUGGCUGUAGAGCCUCCAUGGCCUUUGAACAGGGCCCCCCGACGUGCUAUACCCCCAGCCCGACCACCCCCACGGUCCAGCAGCCUGGGCAAUUCUCCAGAUCGGGGUCCCCUCCGUCCCUUUGUGCCAGAGCAAGAGCUGCUACGGUCUCUUCGACUCUGUCCCCCGCACCCUACUGCCCGUCUCCUGCUUGCAACUGACCCUGGAGGCAGUCCAGCCCAACGUAGGCGAACCAGUUCCCUUACCCGCCCUGAAAAUAACAGAUAUUGAUAUUUAUCCUUCCCCAUUUAAGACCACCUGAUUCCAUCUACAAUGGAGCCCUAAAACCUAGAAUCAAGUCUCUUUAACUCUUGCUAGGUUAAUCCAGCAGCAGACUAACAAAUAUCCUAUUCCCAUCCCUAUUUUAUUAUCCCAAGAGUAACCCCUUUUUCUUCUUAUCUAGUUGAAUUCUGGACACUUUUCCUAACCAAUAGAUGAAGGCUCUACUAGAUUAACUAAUUAAUUCACUGAACCUUACCUAGGAUCUUGCCAGCCUCUAGAACAGGUUCCUAACCAACUGUUUUUGUGACAUGGAACCCUCUCUCUGGCAGUCUGGUGGCAUCUAUGAACCCCUUCUCAGAAUUUUUUUAAUUACCCAAAUACAUAAAAUUACAUGAGUUACAAUGGAAAUAAAUCAUAAUAAAAUAAUCAAUAUAGUUUUUAAAACUCACUUUAUAGAUACCAGGCAUGUACUCUAGAAUAACCCAGUAGAACUAGCCUUCCUUUACCAUAUCCUUGAAGGUUUCUCGUCCUAGAAACAGAUAUAGUUGGCCUAGUUCCCCUAUUUCCUGUGCAGUAUUCACCAGAUUUGUAUCUCCCCUUGGAUCAGUAUUAUUCCAUUCCUUGUGCCUCCAGACUCCCUACCUUUCUCCAUUCCCACCCCAAGGAGUCAUACUCCCUUGUGGCCCAUUUUUUAGGUCCUUCAAAAAUUAACCUUCUUCCCAAAGGCAUCCACACAACAUUGCAAAGCUCUUGAAUCCCAUAAAGUAGUGUGGAGAGAGGGAGAUGGGGGUUCUAGGAUAUCAGGGCUUCUCAGUGCUUAUCUUUGUAUAGGACCUAUUCUGAAAUCUGAGUUAUGCCCCUGUUGGGAUUCCCACAGGGAAAUGACCACUACUACCACUUUAACAGCAUCCUCUGAGAGGAUCUUUCUUGGGGGUCACUUCUAUUCACUCAUAUGCAAAGAAAUAAACCUGGGUCUCAAAGAUCUACCAGAUCCUAAUAUCUCCUCUUCCAUAUCUCCCACCUAACUAGUUAGCUGAUGGUGUAUGUCUAUUCUGUCAGAUUGUCUUGAGAUGAGUAUAUAUACUAUUCCUUUCCCAACCUGUGUCCUCUCCUCACCUAACCUGGUUAUCCUCUAGCUUUCCUUUCUUUCCUUCUACUGAGCUAGGAACCUCCCUCUGUUCCCAGGCCUUCAGGGUAUAAUAUAUACCCUAGAAGGGGAAUAUAACCCUCCCCUUUCUUAUAUCCUCUGUGUGGUAGAUUACAAUGUGUCCCUAAUCACUGGGGAGCAGGAUCCUCCCCAGCUCUGGUGUUGUCUCAAUAAAGUGUGGAUCCUUUUGUGUGUUUUCUAAUGGACAUUUUUCAAUGGGAAAAAGAAAACAAAACAAAGGCAAAGAUGUCUCAGCCUCAUUUAUUCUACCGUCUCUUGCCCUUGGGACUUUAGGAUCUCUUCACCUGGAAUCCUAUUGUCACGAUCUGUAGAUCUUCCAUAGGGUGACUCCUCUGAGUUUCCCUUUGAGUAUCUAGGAUUUCUUUCCCUUCCCUCCAUCUUUAAUAUUCUUGGAUUACAUCUUUUCCCUCAUGCAAUCACUUGAUGUCUUUUCUGAUAACCUCACCCCACAUAUAUCAUUAGUCAUUUCCAUGUCCAGGCUUGUCACCACACAGACUCCUUGGAUAUCUUUCAUAUAUCUGUGAUUUGGGAAUCUCUUAGUAUUCUAUCCACAGUCUCCCUCCCCAUUUUCCACCCCUUGCCUUUUUCCCAUUCCAAGAUGUCCUAUAUUUCACCCUUUUCAAUGCCCUUUUCAUUUCAACAUUCCCAUAAGUAUAGUCUAAGAAGUUACAACAUAAAACUUCCACAAUCUCAGAUGUGAUCAUUGCUAGCUUUUCCCUUCUUUUGGUUUCCCUUUUCUUCCUUUCCAUGCCUUCUCUCAGUUUCCAUUGCUACCCACUCCAUUUUUCCAUCCUCCAGUCCCUUUUCUGUUACCUCCCCCAUAGCCCAUUUCUUCUACAGGGAAGCAACCCCAGGAUUGAUGGCCCAGAAUUGCAGCUACAGUCGAUAUGGGGAGCCAGUCUCAGCCCCCAAAACAGGUAUGUAUGAGGCAUUAUGAGAAACUUGGUCUAGGAAUCAAGGGACCCGUUUUCUAGACCGUCAUAUGAUUUUCUCCAAGUCUCAUGGUAACCGUGGAAUGAGCACUAGAUUUGAAAUCAAAGUAUCCCUACUGCUGUCACUAUAUGUUCUCAAAUAAGUUUCAUUUAGAUGAGUCACUUCCCUAGGCCCAAGUUUCCUCACCUGUAAAAUAAGGCACUUAGAUUAUUUGGCUUUUAAAGCCCUUCUAGUUCUGAAUCUUACUAUUGUUGCAGUCCAGAAUCUACCUGCCUUUGGGAUCUGGAGAUCUUCCACUGGUGAAUCCCUAGAAUGCACAGGCAUUAACUUAUAGAAUUUAUAAAGCCCUUUAAGCUGUUAACAUUCUUUUUUAUCCUCACCCCACAGUCCUAAGCCAUAUACAUCAUACCCAUUCCCUUUCAGCACACGAACAAACACACACACACACACCCUAUUUCUACAGGCAACCAAGAACAGAGGAAGAGGGGACAGGAAACAGAGAGUAGGUGAGGUCUGGCUUGCAUCCUCACACCAUCCCUGAAUAUGUACCUCCUUGUCUCCUUUUCCCACUUUCUGAGCUUUGUCCUGAACCUCACAUAAAAUAAUAUAGGCUGCUGUCCUCACUGCCCCACCUAACAUUUUUUUGUCUUCCAAAUAAUCCCUUAAUUCUUCUUAAUGUAUCCAAGGAUUCACCCCUCCAAUUCCUCACAUGACCAUCCUCAUAAUACUUAAAUCUCUCCAUCCCACCUUAACAGGUGUGCCAACAGGGGGCUGCAGGUUGUGUCAGGGAAGCCAGAUGGGGAGGGACCUGGGUCCUCCACUUCACAGGCCCAGCAACCCCCAGUCCCAUUCUGGAGACUGGGGGAGCCCAUGGUCAACGCAAAGUUCAUUCGAUGCCUGUAUGAGAACCGAAACACCAGGCCAUGGUGACCAGGACCCCCGGCUCGUCCUUCCUGGGCUAAGCCCCAACACUGGAAAUACCCCAUGGAAAAAUACAGAGCCCCGGCCUCGGGGAACGUUUGUUGAUUGGUUGGUUGGAGCUGGACACCUUUUCCCAUUCACUUGUCUUAUCAGCCUAAAUUGUCUUUUAUUUUUAAACAGAGCACUCUAUUUUUCAUAUUAAAGGCUGGUGGUCAGGA